CUCCCUGGGAGGAGUCUCCCCGUCUCUCCGAGCCAAUCGGAACCAGCGGAAACAGGUCAGGUAGCCGAAGAGGACCUCAGAGAGAGCGCAGGCAGGGCAGAGCAGCCACGCACGGCAGGAGGUCAGUGGACUCACUUGGGAGGAUUAUGUCCAAACCUUCGUCCAACGUCAAGGCCCUUCAGGCUAAUUUGAACAUCCCGAUGGGAGGUCUGCGUCCAGGGGCGGGACAUCCUGUCAAGAGGAGAGAGGAGACAGUAGAGACAGAAGAGGCCCAAACACCAGAGGAGCCCAGCGCUGCCGCCGUGACGCCGGAGGAGAAGAAGGUGAUGCCGGGCGCCGUGAAGCUGCCCGGUCCAGCUGUUAACCUUUCAGAGCUGCAGAACGUCAAGAGCGAACUCCGAUGGGUCACCAAGGACUAACGUGACGGAGCCAGAGGCGGAGAGGAAGGCGGACGAUCUUUUCCCGAAUCACAGACUCCCCCCGCUGGGAGACCUGAGCGGGGCCGCAAACCAAACCCAGCUUUGUGCCGCGGAAGCCGACGUCUGCGGAAGGUGUCCGGCGUUCAACCCCCGAAGCCGCUUAAAGCGUGGUACCCCGAAAAAAAAAAAGGUCAAAGGCCCUGCAUGUUUAUCUUCAUCCGUCCUGUCAAUCAAAACUCAAAAAUGUGUACAAAAAAAAAAAAGAAAGUGAAAUGACGUCAAGAUGAAGCGGGAGGUUCUGGCCCGUCUCCGCGGCGGGACAGACUCCGCUUUGCUUGGACUUUUAGGAGUACGUGACUUGUGUCGCAAUAGCAACCAAAUUCUUUGCUUUUUUUCUUUUGUUUUGGGGGUGUUUUGAGGUCUGGAGUAGCUGGUUUUUGAAGGACGGUUUACAUGCAUUUAAGGAAUGUGAAUCCCCUUUUUUCUGUCAAAGAACUCCAACUAUUCAGCACGGAUUUAUGCUCAUACGUUCUGUUAAAUUAUUCAUUUCAAAAUGUUGUGACAAUUUGCAAUAUUGCGAUGGGAUUCAGGUUCAAUUGUUUUUUUUUCUGGAAGUAGGAAUGCAACGUUUUAUUUUUGAUUUCCAAGAAACUGGUAUUUUCUGAAAAAUGUUGCAAUAAAAAUGAAAUGGUUCUGAAAAUCCAAACUGUUCUGUUUAUUACUGCCACAGUACUUUUAUUUAUCAAUCUUUAAA